AUGGAACGUGAGGAAAUGCUUGCCGUCCACCGCUGCCCCUCAGACUCUGCCCCAGGGGGCGCGACCAGAGUCCCCCAGGGCACCGAGCUUAUCCCGAAGAGAGCUGUCGGUCGCUCUCCCACUUGCGCCCGCUGCCGCAACCACGGCGUCACCGCCCACCUCAAGGGCCACAAGCGCCUCUGCCUCUUUCAGGCUUGCGAGUGUCACAAAUGCAUCCUCAUCUUGGAGCGCCGAAGGGUCAUGGCUGCCCAGGUGGCCUUGCGUAGGCAACAGGAGUCACAGCUAAAGAGGCACCUGGCUCACAGACUGAUGAGGGACAUGGCUUCUCCCAAAGCUCACAGCCGCAUCAAGAAGGGAGCCAGGCGACCAGGGGUCUUCCCGGGAAAGGAGAACUUAGCGCCCCAGCCUCAGACCCUCCGUGGGGCACUCCCACUGGCCCUGACACCCCCUGGGAAGAAUUCCCAGGGGCCUCUGAUGCUCAGCCAUCCCCCAGAAGCCUUGCCUUUGCCCUGCACUCCAGUGCCCCCAGGUGCUUGGACCCACGGACACUGGCUGCCUCCAGGCCUUCCCAUGCCACCCCCAGUGGUGUGCUGCUUGCUAUGCCAAAAACCUGCUGUCCCUCUGCAUCCCUUUCCUGGCUUUGACCCUGUCACCUCCCUCUGGCUGCCCACUUAUGGGCCCCUCCCAACCUGCCCAGGAUCUCACCCAAUACUGACGGCUCCCCUUUCUGAAGAAUCUGAAGGGCCCUCUGUCCUGCCCCGAACAUGCUCAACUUUGAUACUUCAGCCCUGUGGCACCCCAGACCCUCUUCUGCUACCACCACAGACCUCCAGAGCCUCUCGCCUGGCCUGGACCUCUGUCCCCUCAGAGCAGCAGCUACAGCAGGAAGCAGCUGAGGCUCUUGUGGGGCUGAAAGAUUCAUCCCAGGCUCCCCGCCUGACCCCUUCAGUCCCUCCCAGCUCUGCUUGGAUCUCACUGCUCCAUCCCUGUGGCCCACCAGGUCCUACUGGAGGAAGAGGAUUCCAGCCUGUUGGCCCCUCUCUCCGACCCAGCCCAGGCCCCUCUGUGGCUCUGCAUAUUGGGCAUCUGGGUUCCAUCUCCCUCCUAAGCUAGAAGCCAAAAGGUGGGGGCCUCAGUGGGGCAGGGUGCAACAACCUGCAGGCACUGCAUAUUUGGUAUUUUGUUUAUGAAUUUAUGCAUGAAAUUUAAUGUACUACAAGCUGAAGGCUUUUUUCAAGCCUUCAGGUGCUUUGUUAGCUUUUGGUUCUUUUUGUAGCAUACACAUUUCCUUGGCCCACGAUGGAUAGUCUCUAACCCCCUUGGGUCUUGGGACCUUUUUAAUAUCCCAACAAAG